GCACUUCCGGCCGGUGGCCGGCCCGGCGCGCACCGCCCCUUCCGCCGUCGCCCAGCGAGCCCAGCUCCGGUCCCAGCCCCGGCCGUCCCGGCGUCGCUUCGGAGCGCGGCGGCAGCUGACUGCGCCUUCACGAUCCGCUGGGACCCGCGAGCCCCGCCGCCGUUAUGAACAUCCGCAAUGCGAGGCCAGAGGACCUAAUGAACAUGCAGCACUGCAACCUCCUCUGCCUGCCCGAGAACUACCAGAUGAAAUACUACUUCUACCAUGGCCUUUCCUGGCCCCAGCUCUCUUACAUUGCUGAGGACGAGAAUGGGAAGAUUGUGGGGUAUGUCCUGGCCAAAAUGGAAGAGGACCCAGAUGAUGUGCCCCAUGGACAUAUCACCUCAUUGGCUGUGAAGCGUUCCCACCGGCGCCUUGGUCUGGCUCAGAAACUGAUGGACCAGGCCUCUCGAGCCAUGAUAGAGAACUUCAAUGCCAAAUACGUCUCCCUGCAUGUCAGGAAGAGUAACCGGGCCGCCCUGCACCUCUAUUCCAACACCCUCAACUUUCAGAUCAGUGAAGUGGAGCCCAAAUACUAUGCAGAUGGGGAGGAUGCCUAUGCCAUGAAGCGGGACCUCACUCAGAUGGCCGACGAGGUCCUCUGGUGGGGAUGUGAGCCUUGGCCUUUUGACCCAGAGCAUCCUGCCAGGCCCGAGUACAAGGAAAGAGCUUUGGAGGUGGGACUCCCUAGUCUCAUGACCUUCAGCAGCUGUGGCCCCGGGGAAGGAGGCCCUGGACUUAUGGGAGAGACCCUGCCUUGGAGGUCUGCUUGGCCACGCUGAAUGUGUUUUGUGGCACAAGCCUGGGCUGCUCAGGCUCAACGCUCAACAGCAGGGCUCCCACUCUUGGUGGCCUUCAGUUCUCUUCCCACCUUCACCUUCAGACUUUCUCUCCCUAAUCACACCUGCUUCGGGCUACAGCAGCUCCGCAGCAUACCCGUGGGCUCCAGAUGUGGACAUCCAACUGCUCAUUGGGCUUAUCUACAAAUGUCCUGUCUGAGUAAUGACCCAGCCAGAUGCCCCAUCAACAGUCCUUGAGUCCUCCCUCCCCUGCCACCCUAAUGGUCAGUGAGUCCAUGAUACCUCUUGAGUCUACUCCCUAACCUGAGUUUGCAUUUGAAAAUAAUUUAUAUUUAGUACAAUUCCCCGCGUUUCCCCAUUGACAUUUUGUAUUAGUUGGUGUAUUUGUUAUUGUUGAUGCGCCAAUACUGAUAAGUUAUUGUAAACUACAGCCCAUGGUUUACACUAGGUUUCCUGUCUGUGUUGUACAGUUUCUAUGGGGUUACACAAAUGCAUAAAGCCAUGUAUUCCCUCAUUAACAAUUUCAUGCAAAAUACAAAACUGGGCGGCU